AUGCCUCUAGAGUCUAUAUGGGCCGAUGUCCCUGACGAAGAACCAGUAAAGAAACAGAAGCCAAUUCACAGACGGAAUAACGAUAACAAAAAUAAUAAUAAUAAUAAUAAUAAUAAUAAUAAUAAUAAUAGGAGGAACAGCGACAACAAGCCAAACAACAACAAAAGAGACACCGAAACCAAGACAAAUCACAAUAAAAGAAACAAUGAAACGAAGACAAAGAACAAAAUCAAAGAUACGCCUGCCAGACAGAAGAAUCCGCCUCGUAACCAGGGCAAGACUUCCACUACAAACGAACCAUUAACGGUGAAUCCCUUUUCCCAAAAGACAACCGAGGUGCCUCCCCCACCUGUUUCGCCUAGCAAGAAUAAGCCUGCUAAAACGAAGUCCAAACUGGAUGCCGCUUCAAAGAUGAAAUUACUAAAGAAGAAGAUCGAAGAACAAAGGAAAAUACUUCAAAAGACUAGUCAUGAGGAGCAACAACAACAGUUGUUGAUGGACUUCUUGAACGAUGAGGGGAACUCGAACUGGGUAGAUGACGAAGAAGAAGAACUGAUCCUUCAACGUUUGAAUACCUCCCUGAAAAUAUGA